AUAAACAAGAGUGCAAAUUGUUCAAGUCGCCGCUUGGCAAGUGAAACCGAAAAGUCGCACCUAAUUUCGACCCAAAGAGCGCUUCGAGUGACCCACGUCGAGUUAGUUGCGUUUUGAAGCGCGUUUCCACAGGUUACGACAACGGCACGCGUUCUCUUCUUCUCCUUCCUCGUUUCCUCAUUUGCCAUGCCGCGAAAGGAUCUUCUGAGCUGUCUGUGCAGUUUCUACUGCUUCUGUUCGGUGCUAAUCUUCGCCAGCUGUGCUGUGCACGACGAGCUGUCGCAGUGUGAACUUCAGGGCGUCUACAGACAGCGUCAGAGUCUCAUCGAGUCGCCGAAUUAUCCGGAUAAUUAUCCCCCGAAUACCUGUGAGGAUUUUGUCAUACGCUCCCCGUAUCGAUGUCCCACCAAGUUCCACAUUCAGUUCCUCGACUUUCAGCUGGAACUCUCGGAGAAUUGCAGUCGCGAUUAUCUGGCCAUUGGCUUGCAGCAGUCGGAUGACGAUAUGGAUGUGCUUUGUGGCCAGGUGCUGGGCAUCAAGAAGUAUCACACGCCCGACGGCAUUCUGCGCUUGCGUUUCCUUAGCGACGAUUCUCCCUGGACAACUGCGGGUGGCUUCCGUUUGCUAAUCACACGCUUGGCCUGCGAGAAUGAGGAUUUGACUGCACGUGGCCUGGACAUGGAUGUAGAUGAGGAUGAUACGGUGCAGGUGAAUGCCAAGCUGCCACCCAAAAAAGCACUGCAUCCCCAUCAUCACCAACAGCCGCAACAGCAGUCGACGCCCGCUCCGUUGCCUGGCAACUUUAGUUUGUCGCCGCAGCAAGCGCCGUUUGUUGGUUUUUCUGCGGCUUAUCCUGGCUAUCAACCCUUCAACGCUUAUCCCUAUCCUGGCGUCGCUUAUCCGCCUUAUCUACCUGCCCGGGGAGGUAGUUUCUACCUACCCGCAGCACAGCCAGCUGGCACUCUAGCGCCGCCUUGCAGCAACGAGCCACAGAAGCAGCAGCAGCAACAGCAGCAAUUCCAACAGCAACUAUUGCAGCAGCAACAGUUGCAGCUACAACAACAGCAGCAGCAGCAACAAUCCCUGCAACAACUACAGCAACAAUUGCAACAACAGCAACCUCAAGCUCAAGUUCAAUCCCAACACCAACAGCAGGAACUUCCCGCCAUCGCAGAGCAGUAUCAGAGCUCAUCCUUUCAGCCCCAAGGUGUGCAACUCAAGGACUACGACCCUCAGACCCUUCAACAGUUCGGUGGUUCCGUGGAUCUCUGCUGUGUCAGCAGCUUCACCCAGUCGCACUUUUAUCUAUCCAGUCCUGGCUUUCCACGCACCGUGUUGAAUGCUUUGUUGCCGGGCCAGCAGCGGGAUUGCGUCUUUUAUCUGGAGAAGAACUCACAAAAUGUUGCCGGCCUACGCAUUCUCUUCAAGUUCUUCGACUUUGGGCAGCCGUCGGGAGCUGGCAUCUAUCCGGGACAGGCGGGAGCAGCUUGCAGUGGAGACUUUAUAGAGCUGGAUGGGCAGCGCUAUUGUGGCUGUCGCUCGGGUCAUGUGCACAAGUCCUUUUGGCCCGAGGGACGCAAAGCGCUGCGACUGCGCAUGGGACAGUCGGGUGGCGGCACUUCCAAUGGAUUCCUACUGGAGAUCUUCCAGGAUCAGGACACGGAAAGCUAUCGACCGGGUUUGCAGGGAUUGCCAGGCUUGGCGGGAUCAACAGGUGCAGGUGCAGGAGCACUGGGUGUAAACAGAAUAACUGGAUUGCAGGGAACAACAGGACUCGCAGGUCUGCCGGGUUCAACGGGACUCGCAGGAUUACCGGGUUCCACGGGACUCGCAGGCUUCACGGGUUCUGCAGGAUUCACAGGCUUGCCAGGAGCAACUGGUUUUACUGGUCUGCCAGGCACAACAGGUUUACCCACAGGAAUUCCCUUGCCAGCUGGCUAUCAGCCUCAACUCGGCGCCUAUCAGCCUCAGCUUGGAUACCAGCCACAGUUGGCUCAACAACCGCUCUACCAUCCACAAGCACAGGCUCCUCUCUGGUCCUUCAAUCCUCUGCUGCCCAUUACCCCUUAUCGCCAGUCGCGUCAGGCUGCGUGGACGUAUGCUCGAGGUCUGGAUGCCCAGCAGCCGUCGCGUGUUGUGGAGACGAAUUCCACACGCAAGGAAUUUUAUUACUUUGAUGCCGAUGAGGCUUUCGCACGCGCUGCCCUCGAUGCGGCGGAGGAGGUGGAGGACAACGUCAGAGCUACGCCUGCGACAACAUCAUCCAUUUCCGCAUCCGUUCAUGGUGGGCAGCACAAGCAACCCGUAACGACGAAAGCUUUCGAGCAGAGCAGCUGCACCUUUGACUACAUGGAAGUGCUGCGUCUCUCCGUCGACACUUUGUGGUUGACCAAACCCAUCUGCUUGGCCCCGCUGCGCAGUUGGUUUAGCAACAUCUUUGGUUAGUUAGCCGCAUAAGAAAACUCAAAUGUUCUAGAAUAUUGUGCUAUUAAACGUACU